AUGGCGCAGAAAGGAGUUCAGCUGGAGCAGGAAACCUUCUCUUGUUCGAUCUGUCUGGAUCUACUGAAGGAUCCAGUGACUGUUUCCUGUGGACACAGCUACUGCAUGAAGUGUCUUCAAACCUAUUGGGAUACAGAGGAUGAGAAGAAACUCUACAGCUGCCCUCAGUGCAGGCAGACCUUCACACAUAGGCCUGUCCUGCUGAAAAACACCAUGUUAGCAGUUUUAGUGGAGGAGCUGAAGAAGAGUGGACUCCAAGCUGCUCCUGCUGAUCACAGCUACGCUGGAGCUGAAGAUGUGGCCUGUGAUUUCUGCACUGGGAGGAAGCUGAAAGCCAGGAAGUCCUGUCUGCAAUGUCUGGCCUCUUACUGUCAUCAUCACCUUCAGGACCAUUUUGAAUCACCUACAUUUAAAAAUCACAAGCUGGUGGAGCCGUCCAAGAAGCUCCAGGAGAAUGUCUGCUCUCGUCAUGAUGAGGUGAUGAAGAUGUUCUGUCGCACUGAUCAGCAGUCUAUCUGUACGACCUGUUUAUCAAACGAACAUAAAGGUCACGACACGGUCUCAGCUGCAGCAGAGAGGGCCAAGAAGCAGAGAGAGCUGGAGGUGAGUCGGCAAAACAUCUGGCAGAGAAUCCAGGACAGAGAGAAAGAUGUGAAGCUGCUUCAACAGGAAGCAGAGGCCAUUGAUCGCUCCGCUGAUAAAGCAGUGGAGGACAGCCAGAAGAUCUUCACCCAGCUGAUCCGUCUCAUGGAGAAACAACGCUCCGAUGUGACCCAGCAGGUCAGAUACCAGCAGGAAAGUGAAACGAGUCGAGUCAAAGAGCUGGAGGAGAAGCUGAAGCGGGAGAUUGCUGAGCUGAAGCGGAAAGACAGCGAGCUACAGAUGCUGUCACAAACACAGGAUCACAACCAAUUUCUACAUGACUACCCCUCACUGUCAGCACUCAGCCAACGUCCGCGCUCACCCAGCAUCCAUAUCCGUCCUCUGAGGUACUUUGAAUACGUGGCAGCAGCUAUGUCAGCAGUCAGUAAUAAAAUACAGGACGUUCUGACAGAGACAUGGACAAACAUCUCACACAGAGUGGUCAAUGUGGAUGUCUUACUAUCAGAGCCCAAGACCAGAUAUUCAUGUGACAUCACACUGGAUAUAGACUCAGCUCACCCACUGCUGCUAUUAUCUGAUGGGAACAGAAAAGCAACACUGAUGCUUCAGCAACAGUCUUAUCCUAGUCACCCAGACAGAUUUAAAGAAUGGUUUCAGGUCCUGAGUCGUGAGAGUCUGACUGGACGUUGUUACUGGGAGGUGGAGUGGAGCGGAAGUGCUGAUGUAGCAGUUGCAUACAAGAACAUCAGCAGAACAGGGAGUGUGAAUGAAUGCAGGUUUGGAUACAAUGACAAAUCGUGGGCGUUGUACUGCGAAAACAGUGGUUAUAUCUUUCGAUACAACAACGUCAGCACUCCCAUCUCCGGUCCUCGGUCCUCCAGAGUUGGGGUGUACCUGGAUCACGGAGCAGGCAUUCUGUCCUUCUAUAGCAUCUCUGGAACCAGGACUUUCCUCCACACAGUCCACACCACAUUCACUCAGCCUCUACAUGCUGGACUUUGGAUUUAUGGUUAUGAAUCCACUGCUGAGAUCUGUAAGCUGAACGAGACAGAAAUCAUUUAAAGGAAAAAUGGGUAGAUUUUUGUGUUUGAAUCCUUUAGUUUGAUUUCUAUUAAUGUUUGUUGCAGAGCAGUGAUUUGACCUCAUUCACCAACUGUACUUACUCAGAAACUUGCUCCAAAACUUUGAGGAAUGUCAGAAUCUUCUUCAAAGCUGUGUCAGGGGGUUUAAGAACAAAUUUCUUCUAUAGAUUAGUUGAUAAAUGAGGCCAAAUCAGAUAUCUCUGUCAGAUAUUUGAGAGCUAAUAUGACAGGUUUCUAACCUGGCAAAGCAGAUGGAUUCGCCCGUUUCUGUGUUGCUCACUGGCGAAUCCAUCUUGCAAAGCUCCUAUCUGAACAGAUUGGGUCCUGUAAGAAAGUGACAGGAACAAUCAAGAGUAAGAGGAAGAGAAGCGCGGAUGCUGCUAAAGCGUCAUUUUUAUCAGAUUUUGCCAACAUUUUUUUAGUCAAAAGAAGAACAAAGACCACAUUGAGUUCUUUUUUUUGCUGAAACUAUGGUUUUGCCCUUCUCGUGAUUUGGCAGGAGACUAAUCGUCACGUUUUGAUGCUCUGAUUGACCCAUAAAGAUGUGACAGAAUGUUUAUCCAAUCACCCUCUGAGUUUUUUUCGAAGGGUCUGCCCUCUCCCAAAGACCGUCUAUGGGAGGUUUCCAGGUGGAUGUGUGAAACAUCCAGCAGUCAGGGUUCAGAUCAUGUCACAGUAUAGCAGCAUCUCUUGUCAUAAAUUCCAUUAUCAUUUCAAUUGACAAUGGUCAGAAAUGUUUUGCCAUGUUUAUUCAUCUGUCAAAAGCCUUUGACACAGUUGACCAUUCAAUACUGUUAUGCAAGCUUUCUAAAGUUUGUGUUGAUGAGACUGCAUGCACCUGGUUUCAAAACUAUUGAACAAAUAGGACUAAAGCAAUUGUUGCAGACAAUGUAAGGUCUACCUUCUAAGUGAUCAACAAAGGAGUCCCCCAGGGAUCAAUUUUGGGUCCACUUCUAUUUACAUUAUAUAUCAAUGACACUGCAGAAAAAUUAAAGUACUGUAAGGUUCAUCUUUAUGCAGAUGAUACAAUAGUGUAUACCUCAGCACCCUCACACAGCCAAGCUUUGUCCCAGUUACAGUCUGGUUUCAAAGUAUUCCCACAAAUGCUAAUAGGCUCUAUUCAUGGCAGGAUGUGAUGUAUUUCCAGUGGAAAAUAAGGCUGCUUUACAACUUCCGACCAACGAUAAAUGCUUAGCCAAAACGAAAUCUAAACUGUCCUAUACUGUGCUUAUUCGUCAGGUUUUUUGUUUGAAUUGUUGAUUGCGUUUACCCUUUAUCAUAAUGGCAUGUUUCAAAAACAGGUUAGUUGCACUUCUGGACAUCAUUGCUGUAUGCUGUCUUCAGCUAAAUUUAACUCAUCAUUGACAGUCAGCUUGGGUAACUCAUGCAAACAGAAAAGAAUCUGCCAUUAUACGCCGUUCUCUUCUGCAUUCCCGACUGGAAGUUUGGGAGCUGCCUUAUGCCAAAUGUGGUAGUGAUGUGUGCAUAGAGCCCAUUGAUCAUGAACUAAUGCUGAACUA